ACCGGACGUUGCAGCAAGCCACCUACUCGAAUAACGCAUACUGGUGACUUUUGCAGUUUUGAGUUAACCGUCCAGCGUGAACCGGAGAAUAUGAGCGCUGUCGUUGUUGUACCGGGUCAAGUUCUUGCGAGAGGAGUGAAGGGAGGCGAGGGAACGGCUGUUCGCGGUGACUAUUUACUUUCGACGAGACUCGGCGUUUAUGACCCUGAAAAACACAUUGUCUCUCAUACAAACGAGCAGGUGGAGCAACCUGUUUUACCAAAGGUUGGUUCCAUCGUUCUGGGUCAAGUUACUCGGAUCAGUGUUCGUCAAGCCUCUAUAAAAAUGACCGUUGUCGACAACGUGUGUGCAAAAGAAGAAUUCCAGGGUGUGAUUCAUGUCCAAGACAUUCGGGCAACAGAAAAAGACAAAGUCAAAGUUCGUCAAUCUUUUCGUCCUGGCGACAUUGUUCGGGCUCUUGUGAUUUCGCUGGGAGACGGCUCCUCUUACUUUCUCUCCACAGCUCGUAAUGACUUGGGCGUGAUUUUUGCACAGUCAAGUGAGACUGGGGAACAAAUGUUUCCAAUCGGCUACCAACACAUGCAAACCGCUUCUGGUGUCGUGGAGCAACGCAAGUGUGCAAAACCGAUUCUUUAAAACCAAAAUGGAAAAUCGUCAUCCUUCUAGACGAGCAUUCAUGUCUAAUUGAUAUAAGACGUGAAUACGAAAAUAAAAAUCCCGGUGUUAAUAAUUAUGGAGAAUAAAUGUGUGAUUCAUAAACAGAACAUCCAUC